AAUGACAGGGCAUGUCUGGGUUCAAUAUUCAGAUCGAGCACCUGUUACAUUCGGGAUGACAACCGACUUUGGAUUUCUUCGUAAAGAAUUCAAUACGAUCAAUUUAUUCCGAAUAGUUUGUUUGCGUUUCCGGUGUCAUGGUGGACAUGGAGACAAUUUUUCCAGUUGUCUUUGUAUUUUUAUAGAUUUAUGAAGUCAUUUCAGUAUUUUGAAUCCAGAAACCCUUACAGUUUUGUAUAGAAAUUAUCCCCUCCCUCCAAAGAAAUAAAAAUGCCUGUCUACAUACGUAAGAACGUCAGCUACACCCCACCUUCCCUUGACAAAUUACCUCAAGAAUCUGAAGAUGAUUUUGUCAACGACCCAGAAUUACUUAAUGACAACCUUCCACAGCCUUACCGCAUGAUUGAUAAAACUCUGAGAGAAUUGAUAGAUGACACAUGGGAAGUAAUUGCAGAUCGCGAGAAACAGAGGUUAGAAGAAGCAAGUAAAGUGAGACCACCCCAGUAUGAGAGUUCUGUUGAACUCGAGGCAGUUAUUCCAGCAACUCAGUAUCCAGAAAAGCAGAAACUUUGUUAUGCAACCUGCAUGAAUAACUCCCCUGAUGGACAGUAUGUAUUUAUUGGACUACCCUGUGGUUUGGUUGCUGUAGAGGCUCUUACACAACAGGUUGUCAGUACCUGGGAGUCUGAAAAUGCAGAAAUGGCCUAUAUGAAGUCCUACACUUUGGCAUCACAAGUUUACAUGAUAACCACCAUAGAUGAUAUGGGUGUUGGCAGACUGUUUGCAUUUUCUCAGAAUGCCAACAAACUGUUCCUUGUCAAAGUUUUAAAUGCCAGUUCACAGGAAUCUGACAAUAAAUUAUUGAUCAGCAAGCUUGAAGCAUCUACUGAUGGGGAUUACCUAGGCAUGGUCAUGGAAAAUCCUUCUAGCCAUGACCUUUGGUUAGAAGUUCACAAGUUGCCACGGGAUACGUGGGUCAGUGACCUUGAAACCAUGACAGCAGCCAUAAAAAAGAAGGAAGAAAAAGAGAAAAGGGAAGAAGCAAUGUCAGAGCUUGAAACUGAGUCCGUUGCCCAGAGUGAGGUGGCACCAAGCAAGGCAGACACAGAUGAACCAAGCGUUGCAUCGAUCGCAAACUCUGUUGCUCCACUUGAUACAGCUGAACAGUCACAGUCCCGACCAGCCAGUGGAAAAUCCCAGCAGGGUUCUGAGCCAAAUAACAUGGGUAACUUGGGUAUGGACCCCUCUGUGUUGAAUAUAGAGACGCCAAGAGAUCCCUUGUCUGGUGAAUACAAAUUUGGAUCACCUCAACUCAUAAUGAAAGUCAAACCUCCGCCAACUUUAACAGGAACAUCAGUGGCAAAUCUUCACUCCACAUGCCAGAAAGUGGAGAGUAAUGAUGUAGUUGGUACAGGGCAUAACUUGCUGUUCACGCAAGCUCACCUAGACCUCCGACAGUCCGUCUUUGAUCAUCUCCAUGACAACCUGCUCAAAUAUCUUCCUGAGGAGGAUGAAAAUAUGGAAAAAAUACAACAAUAUCCGAACUUUCAUUUCCUGACUGCAGGCAGGAUGCUACCACAAGGACUGGAACAGUCCAGCCUAGAAGGACGUCCAACUACAGUGGCAGUAUGGUGGCCAGGCUCCACUAACUUAAUGCAGUAUUCACUUAUAAAGACUUCUAAAGAUACAGAGUUCAAGCCAGAUCUUGUUUGGCCUUUCACUUGCAAGAUAACCAGUACAGAGACUUCUCCAGAUACCAACAUCAUAGCUAUAGGUCUUGAAAAUGGAAACCUUGUUGUGUGGGACCGAUACAUGGGUACUCAGCGAGGAGUUGUUAAUGUUCAGGAAGAUUCUCCUGUUGUCCAGAUAAGGUUCUUGGACCCGGCUCUGUAUCCCCAGGACCCACCAGCAUAUCCACCAUACCCCACUGGUACAGGGACCUACAUAUUGAUGAUGUGUGCAAACAGUGCCCUGUACACAGUCUCAACUGGCACUGCAGCCAUACCACUGCAAAUCAAUACAAUUUCAAUGCCGGUAGAGAAUGACAAUGACACCAUAACAGUUCUACAGCCAUUUACUUAUCAUCCAGAUCUGCUGCUGACUGUGACAAGGAAAGGUGAUGUUCAAAUUAGGGAUACACUACAAGGGACAGUAUUAUGUCAGAUACAGUUACCUGCAACUCAUGAGCUUUCAUCACCAUGGGAUCCUGUCUUAGCAGUUGGAGGUCAAGGUCAAAAUAUGUAUGUCAAAGGGAAUGUUAAAACAACAGAAGAGAGCAGUGAGAUUGAUGCAGACAGCAGUCUACAGACUGGUAUAGUGUAUGUUUAUCAGUUGAGAUCAUUUCCUUCCCUGGAUCAGUAUUGGAAAAUAAAGAGGUCCAGUCAACCACUUACUGUACAUACAACAGUUGAACAGAGAGUGGAUGCUCUUCUGGCAGAAAGGAUUGCUAUGCAAGGAAUGCGAAAGAACAGAAUGCAGGAAAAAUGGGCAACAUUAAAGGAUGAAAUAAAUAACAUACACUCAAUCAAAGAAAUUGCAAGAAUAAAUGCUACCAAACGUAAUAUUGUGAAAUUUGACAAAAUACCAUUUCCCCAUUAUGAGCUACCACUUCCAUGAAUGUCCAGUAGCAGUGGCUUGGAAAAUGACACCAGGAUCUGUAGGGCUGCCAGUGAAACCAUUAGUUUGAACUUUCUCUAGUGAACUACAAGAAAGUACCCCUGCAUUCUUUGCAAAGCUGAAUCUCAUGGAAAAUCUCAAGAAAAAAUCCCAUGGAAAAUAAGUUUCAGAGAAAUGUUAUAAAAUUAAAAAAGAACAAAAACAUUUAUAUCAGUCCAUUUUGUCAGUCUAAAUUCAUCCUUAGACACUGUAUACAUGGUAUAUCUGCAACAGAAAUUGUGUAAUUUGGUAAUUCUAUGAUGUUGUGUCCAGCAGAAAUUGUUUUGAUCAAAUUUGUAUUACAGACUCAAUACAAAGUGACUCAUUUAUGUCCUGUUAAGUUCUUAACCUACAAGAAAUAACUUUUGUUUGAAUAUUAUAUUGACUGGCACACCAUUAAAUCCAUUUAUAGUAAUAGAAAAAUCUUGAGCCCAAAGAUUUCUCCUUGAACUACUUGUGUGAGAGGCUUUAUAUAUUGUUAUCUUUUUAUGACACAUAAAAAUAUCUGAUGUAUUUAUUUUCAAAUAUUGAUAUUUUGUUAUAGUAUAUAAUUUUAUGAAAUGUGUUAAAAAAGAAUAAUAAACACUGUGAUAUUUCA